GACGACAGAGGCGCCUACCUUGACAUCCUCAGCGCCGAUCCGCGGAAUGCCCAGGCCUUUGAAAACUUGGGCUCCACGCUGCUGCCAGGCGAGAGUUUGCGCCUGCCGGAUGGCCUCCUCGUCUCAAAGCGGUCUUUGCACGCCAAGGCGGCAGAGCUAGACGAGAGCCACAGCAGCGCGCAUAAUUCGUUGGGGGCCAUGCUGGACACAGACGAGGUCUGCAACCUCAAGGGCCGCGAGAUGAAUCAACGGGCGCUGUUCGCCCGAGCUGUGGAACUCGAUCCUGGCAAUGCCGUGGCUCACUGCAACCUCGGCGUCGUCCUUGGGCGAUCUGAGGUCAUUCAGCUCGCCGAUGGUCGCAUGUGGGACAAGCGCAGCCUCUUCCUCCGGGGGAUCGAGCUUGAUCCAGGCUAUGCCUUCGCCUACAACAACUUGGCGAACCUGCUUCAUCCGAAGGACUGGGUUCGCCUGUCAGAUGGCACGUGCUGGAACCAAAGGUCGCUCUACCUCGCUGCCAUCCAACUGGAUCCGAAGUUUGCGGUGGCCUUCAACAACCUGGGCCUCUCCAUGGGUCCCUGGGACAAG